AGCCUUAUACAAUGUCUCUCUCUCUCUCUAUUUAUCGCUCUCCUUUUCUCUCUGUGUGAGAGUGAGUGCUGUUGUUAUUGAGCCCACUGACUGCCUCGGUAGCGCGGAUCACUCAGGCGCGGGCAGAGGCUGGACGGAGUUGACGGGAACGCGCAGUGCCAUAAGUUAACGGGAAAGAGAUAUCUGCUGUCAAACCGACCUCCGCCUCACUUCUGAUAGCUGCCCUCGGAGCUUUCUGUGGCUCCGACUGACUCCCCACCUUUCCAGCAUUCUCUUUCUUUUUCAUAGUCUCCUUGUUUUUCUCUCUCUCCCUCUUUCUCUCCAUACCAUAACAGCUUUCGGUACGAUUUUAACGGACACCUCGUGGAACGUUUUUUUUGUUGCGUUUACAAGCUGUGAUUUUUUUCUUCACCAACACCAAUUGACUGAUGAUGACCAUUAUUAAUGUGUACUUUUUUCGGUGUCUGAUGACUUAUUGAUUUUUCGGGGUUAAAUAUUAUGCGGGCUCUGCCCUCGAGCUGCGCCCUGUGAGGGACCCCAUGAGUUCCGCUAAGUGUGACAAGACCCCACGGUGCGCUUGGACAUUUCGGAGUACUACUUGCUCGUGCGCGGCCUGCAACCAUGGAACGGUCACGGGUCGGUCUGCUGUUCCUCGCACUCUGCCUUUUACGUGUGAAAGUCAGCGGGAGAAAUCCCACGUGUCACUUCCUCUGGGAACUGCAGAGGGCAGAGCUAGUAUGUCACUAUGAGCUGAAGAAACAAUCCAUGGAGCCUGCAGGCUGUGGUGGCCUAUGGGACAACAUUUCGUGUUGGGCCCCAGCAGCAGUAGGGGAGGUGGUGACUCUCUCCUGCCCCCCUGCUCUCAUACACCUCUUCGGACGACAAGGCAACAUCAGUAGGAACUGUACAGAGGCUGGCUGGUCUGACGUCUACCCCAGCCUCAGCACUGUCUGCUGGUCCAGCGACAACAAACCCAACAUGCUGCUGUUCUACUCGGUGGUGAAGACUCUGUACACUCUAGGCCACAGUCUCUCCCUCAUCGCUCUCAUCACCUCUACACUCAUUCUCUGUCUGUUCAGGAGGCUCCACUGUACUAGGAACUACAUCCAUGUGAACCUGUUUGUGUCGUUCAUCUUGCGAGCUGUGGCCGUGCUGGUUAAAGACUCUGUAAUCUUCUCCCAUAAUGAAAACACUGACUGUAGCACGCAGCCCUCACUGGUGAGAUUCCCACUGUAUAUUGCAAAAUGUAUGCCAAUGUCUGUCUCCAUGUACUGUCUCCAAUGUCUGUCUCCAAGGACUGUCUCCAAUGUCUGUCUCCAAGGACUGUCUCCAAUGUCUGUCUCCAAGGACUGUCUCCAGUGUCUGUCUCCAAUGUCUGUCUCCAAUGUCUGACUCCAAUUACUGUCUCCAAUAUCUGUCUCCAAUGUCUCUCUCCAAUGUCUGACUCCAAUGACUGUCUCCAGUGUCUGUCUCCAAUGUCUGUAUCCAAUUACUGUCUCCAAUGACUGUCUCCAAUGACUGUCUCCAAUGACUGUCU